GUUCUUUGGAAUCUUUAUCAGGCACUACGUACCAAACACAGCCGAUAACAAUUUCCUUAAAUGAUUUUGUGGUCUCUUGCAUGUAUGGUAUGUAACAGGGAAGAGUCACCCAUAUUCUGCCUAAAAGGUGUAUUCGCCGACUUGGGAGUACCCCACCACUUUUCCUCCUAUUUAUAAGGGCCACUGUGAGGAACUUCUUUCCCAUACUAUCCCCUCGACUUGUAGUCCUCUUUCUUCACUACUAAAAUCAUCUUUUUGCCAACCACUUUUAUCACUUCUUAAGUAUUCAUUGCUGCAUUCUUCUACUCAGUUUCUAUUUUUCAUACAAUACAAUACAAUACAUCGUAUACUCCUAAAAGCAAAAUCAACUCGGUUUUGUUCGUAUAAACAUAUUUGAAAUUUCAAAAUCCAAAUGGCUUCAGAUUCAUUUUCGUCUUGGACUCCAAAGCAAAACAAACAGUUUGAAAAGGCCCUAGCUCUUUAUGAUAAGGAGACCCCAGAUCGUUGGCAAAAUGUAGCCCGGGCUGUGGACGGAAAAUCUGCCGAGGAAGUAAAAAGGCACUACGAGAUUCUUGUAGAGGACCUCAAGCACAUUGAGUCCGGUAACAUCCCAUUUCCAAAUUACGGGUCAGGCAGAAACAAACGCUAGCCCAAAGGGAUGCAUGGAGAUCAAAAAG